AUGGCGAAGGAAGCGACCCCAAAGACCGGCCUCGCCGUCGGCUUGAACAAGGGCCAUCAAGUCACACCCAUCACCCCCAAGCCUCGCAUUUCCCGCCGCAAGGGAGCCCUCAGCAAGCGCACCGCUUUCGUCCGCGACAUCGUCAAGGAAGUUGCCGGUCUUGCCCCAUAUGAGCGUCGCGUUAUCGAAUUGUUGAGAAACAGCAAGGACAAGAGAGCGAGAAAGCUCGCAAAGAAGAGGCUCGGUACUUUCGGCCGUGCAAAGAGAAAGGUCGACGACCUGCAACGAGUCAUCGCCGAGUCGAGAAGAGCCGGUCAUUAA